AUGGCCAAGGGGCUCCUAGUGACCUAUGCCCUCUGGGCGAUAGGGGGCCCUGCCGGGCUCCACCAUUUGUACCUGGGGCGGGACAGCCACGCUCUGCUCUGGAUGCUUACCCUGGGGGGCGGUGGCCUGGGCUGGCUCUGGGAGUUCUGGAAGCUCCCAAGCUUUGUAGCUCAGGCUAACAGAGCCCAGGGUCCGAGGCAGCGCUCAGGAGCGACACCCCCUCUGAGUCCCAUUCGUUUUGUAGCCCAGGUGGUUGUGGGUGUGUAUUUUGGUCUCGUGGCCCUCAUCAGUCUUUCUUUCAUGGCCAAUUUCUAUGUUGUGGGCCUCCCACUGGCAGUGGGCUUGGGAGUCUUGCUGGUGGCUGCCGUUGGCAACCAGACCUCAGACUUUAAGAACACACUAGGGGCAGCAUUUCUUACUUCCCCGAUCUUUUAUGGCCGCCCCAUCGCCAUUUUCCCCAUCAGCUUGGCUGCCAGCAUCACAGCCCAGAAGCACCGUCGCUACAAAGCUGCUGUGUCCGAGACCCUCAGUGUGCGGCUCUAUCGCCUGGGGUUAGCUUACCUUGCUUUCACGGGGCCCCUGGCAUACAGUGUCCUCUGCAACACAGCUGCCACCCUCACCUAUGUGGCAGAGACCCUUGGCUUCUUCUUGAGUUGGUUCAGUUUCUUCCCUCUCCUUGGCCGCUGCUUGGAGUCUGUCUUCCUUUUGCCUUAUCGGGUCUGGAGGCUGCUGGUGGGGGAACCCUAUUUCAGCAGUGGCUCCUUCCAGGAGUGGGAGAAGCUCUAUGAGUUCGUUCACAGUUUUCAGGAUGAGAAGCAUCAGCUGGCUUACCAGGUUUUUGGUCUCCCAGAAGGGGCAACAAAUGAAGAAAUACAUCGCCGAUACCGGGAGCUAGUGAAGACCUGGCACCCCGACCAUAACCGGCACAGGGCGGAGGAAGCUCAGAAGCACUUCUUGGAGAUUCGGGCUGCUUAUGAAGUCCUGAAUCAGCCCAGGGGGUCCUGA